GAAUUUAACUAUGAGGGAUGGUCAGAUGUUGACCAAGGAUCAGAACUAGGAUGGGAUAUGGAAGAACCUUCUGGUUCAACCGGCAUUAAGGAAGAUUUUGAACCUUCCUCAAUGCAAGUUGAACAAGAGAAUCCUUCGGUGGUGGAGAUAGUAGAAACUUUCUCUAAAAGUUACACUUUUGAAUUCUUGUUGUUGCGGUUGAAUCUUUCGGAUGGAGACGUUGUUACUUUUGUUGACCCGCGCCUGGUGCAUUACAGUCAGGCGUCGAUAAGUAAUGUGUUCCAGAUGGGCAACGACCUCGAGAAUACCAUUCGGGAUCUGUUGGAUGGUAAGGUGAGAAUGGAAGAUUUUCCUCUCAUCACCGUCUGUUUGAUUGAGGAUGUCUUCUAUUCUUCGGAUAAUCGAAGGCUUUAUUGCUUCAAGGAGGCGAUAAAGCGAGGGGAGCGUAUCGGGUGGUGCGGAACACCAACUUUAAGGAGGUGGUGGUGA